GGAGGGGCUGACACCGCCGGGGCCUCCGUGGGGGGCGAGCCCCUUGGAAGGACGGAGGGGCUUGGCCAGGCCCUCGUGAGCUUGCUUAGUGCCGUCGGGGGUCUUGCUGGGGCCUCCCUCCCUCGUCUGCAAAUGGACGCCCGAGCGGGCUGCCGUGCGGCCGGCCCCGGAGUUGGACGGGGUCUGCGCUGCCCCAUGUGGCCGCAGAGGCGGGACGGCGGCUGGCCUUCCGUGCAGGACCCGGUGGGGGCGGGGAAGGGGAAGUGUGCGGGGGGAUCAGCCCCCUGGCUGCGCCCGUGUCGGCAGACCUCGGUACUUGGUUCGAGUCAACAAGUGUUGGUCGGUCUGGGGAGCGGGCCGGCCGGCGUGGUGCGAGGGCUGGGACGGUCCGUAGAUGUUCUUCCACCGGGAGAGCCGGGGAACCCAGAUCCACGGUCGGACGGUGAGGGCCCUGCUGGUCCGAGAAAGGAGGCUUCCCGGAGGAGCUGAAAACCUGGAAGGCCCUGAAUCACAGGGGUGUGGUGAGCGAGGCCGAGCGAGGAAUCCAUGCGCACCCACAGGCUCCCCUGCUACCCCCCCCCCCGACUUCUCCGUGUCUACUGAUCCACUUUUCUGGAAUAUUUCCAGCAGUUUUUCAGUUCUGCCCCUUCUUUCCGUCCUGGGGGUCCUCCUUUCUCCCCGUGGAAAGUAUCUUGCCGGCAGCACUGUAGCCUCAGGUGCAGUGCUCACCGCAAACAAGGGCCUGGGGAUGACCCGUGGUGCCUGCUGGUGAUGCUGUGCCCCUGACCCUUCGUGGCUGCCGACCUGAGAUUGGAUGCGGGGAAGGACGCAGAGCCGGGCUGAGGCCGACUUCCCGUGAAGAUGGCGGCCCUCCACACAGCUCCAGACUCCCCAGCGGCCCACCUGGAGAGGGCAGAGGACGGGUCGGAAUGUGAUCCUGAGGAGGAGGAAGAGGAGGAGGAAGAGAAGGGGGAAGACGUAGAGAUGCUGGAGGACGAGGAGGAGCUGGCAGGGGAAGAAGAGGAAGAUGAGGCGGUGGCGGAGGAGCCGGAGGCCUGCAGGGGGCAGGUGGAGGUGGAGUUGCAGGGGGACGAGGACCUGGAGGAGGUGGUGGCGGAGGAGCAGAGUCCAGAGUCGGGGACGCAGGAACGUCUUAGCUGUGGUGGUGACGCCAAGUCCCCAGCUGUUCAGGAAAAGGCCCCGCGGGCCUCCCGGCCUCCCACCCUGCUUGGGGAGGAAGACCUGGAGGAGGAGGAAGAGGACGAGGAGGAGGAGGACGGUUUCCUCACAGCUGGGUCUCAGGGGCUGGUCACCUUCGAGGAUGUGGCUGUGUACUUCUCCCUGGAGGAGUGGGGGCGGCUGGAUGCAGACCAGCGGGACCUUUAUGAGGAAGUCAUGCAGGAGAACUAUGGGAUCCUGGUGUCCUUGGCCACAGGGUCUUGGAGAAGGGGACCCACCUCCCAGGGAGCCCCAGGGACUACCGUGCUGCUGGGCAGGAGCUGUCAUGGGGGCCCCGGUGUGGCCCGGCAGUGCCAUGAGCCAGGUGGACGUGCGCUGGAGAGCUGCCGGCCCUGCCCUGACCUCUCAACACCCCCAGAGGCCUUGAGGGGUGAAGGAGAGAGGGGUGGGCACCCUGCAGAAGGGUACGCCAUCCCCAAGCCAGACCUGAUCUCCCGGCUAGAGCAAGGGCAGGAGCCCUGGGUGCCAGACAGCCCCCGGCCUGAGGAGGGCGACAUCGUCACCGGUGUUUACACAGGUGCAUGGUUCUGGACCGAUGACCUAGAGGACCACGAGGAGGAAGAUGACGAGGACUUCCUGGCAGAGGUGGCCGAGGAAGAGAACGAGCCGCCGGGGUUGUGGUCCGCGGCCUAUGGCGUGGGGGACGUGCCUGGGACGUGGGGCCCUGAUGACCCUGACUCCGUGCAGACUCCGGAGGGCUGGGGGCUCGACCCAGGCGGCCUAGGGGCCCUGGCGGAGGGCGAGGAGGUGAAGCCCUUCCUGCCGGGCGGUGAACCGGAUGGGAGCCUGCUGGCGCCCUGGGCGUUCCCUGACGAAGCGGCCGCCCAGGCUGGGCACCCCGAGACCACCUGCGAUGUGUGCGGUAAGGUGUUCCCGCACCGGUCCCGGCUGGCGAAGCACCAGCGCUACCAUGCGGCCGUCAAGCCCUUCGGCUGCGAGGAGUGUGGCAAGGGCUUUGUGUACCGCUCGCACCUGGCCAUCCACCAGCGCACGCACACCGGCGAGAAGCCCUUCCCGUGCCCGGACUGUGGCAAGCGCUUCGUCUACAAGUCUCACUUGGUUACGCACCGGCGCAUCCACACGGGCGAGCGGCCCUAUCGCUGCGCCUUCUGCGGCGCAGGCUUCGGGCGCCGCUCCUACUUGGUCACGCACCAGCGCACGCACACGGGCGAGCGGCCCUACCCGUGCCCACACUGCGGCCGCAGCUUCAGCCAGAGCUCGGCGCUCGCGCGACACCAGGCCGUGCACACUGCCGACCGGCCGCACUGCUGUCCGGACUGCGGCCAGGCCUUCCGCCUCCGUGCGGACUUCCAGCGCCACCGACGCGGUGGGGGCUGCUCUGAGCCCAGUGGCGACGGCCCUCGGCAAGAGGCCUGUGAGACGGUGCUCGCGGCAGAGCCCGAUGAACCUGAGGCCGGGUCGGAGCGGCCUGAGGCCAGCGAGGUGGAUGGAGAGGCCGAGGCCGAGGCGAGAGAAGAGGUUGCAGCUGCAGCAGAGGUGCCCACCCCUCGGAGCAAAGAGGACCCGGGGCCCGGGAGGCGGUUUCUGGAACUCGGCAAUGGCCUGGGUGACAGGGAAGGGCCCUCCUCGCACCCACUCGGCUUCCACUUUUCUGUUCAUCCCAAGUCUUGGCUCCAUCCAGAUGGCUUUCAAAUCCUAAGCCUCCCAGGCUUCGGGGAGCAGCUGCCGGCUGAUGGGCGGCCUCUGUCGGGACCCUUGGGGGGCCGGCUGUCUCUGGUGGAGGGUGCAGGACUGGCCUGCGACCCUUUCCGCAGCAGUGGUGGGCCUGGGGGCAGUGGCGGCGGCGGGCUGCGUGCGUUCGGGCCGGCUGUUGGGGGACUGCUGGCCGAGCCGGCGCCAGCCACACUGGCCGAAGAGGAGAGCCCGUGGAUCUGCUCCGACUGCGGCAAGACGUUCGGGCGCCGUGCCGCCUUGGCCAAGCACCAGCGCUAUCACGCAGGCGAGCGGCCGCACCGCUGCGCAGACUGCGGCAAGAGCUUUGUGUAUGGCUCGCACCUGGCGCGCCACCGGCGCACACACACGGGUGAGCGGCCCUUCCCUUGCCCAGAGUGUGGCGCGCGCUUCGCUCGAGGCUCACACCUGGCGGCACACGUACGCGGCCACACCGGUGAGAAGCCCUUUGUGUGCGGCGUGUGCGGCGCAGGUUUCAGCAGGCGUGCGCACCUGACGGCGCACGGGCGCGCACACACCGGCGAGCGGCCCUAUGCAUGUGGCGAGUGUGGCCGCCGCUUCGGGCAGAGCGCAGCGCUGACGCGGCACCAGUGGGCUCAUGCCGAGGAGAAGCCGCAUCGCUGCCCUGACUGCGGCAAGGGCUUCGGCCACAGCUCGGACUUUAAGCGGCAUCGGCGUACGCACACGGGCGAGAAGCCCUUCCGCUGCUCCGACUGUGGCCGCGGCUUUGCACAGCGUUCCAACCUGGCCAAGCACCGGCGUGGCCACACAGGCGAACGGCCCUUCCCAUGCCCCGAGUGCGGGAAGCGCUUUUCGCAGCGCUCGGUGCUGGUCACGCACCAGCGCACGCACACGGGCGAGCGGCCCUAUGCCUGCGCCAACUGUGGCCGCCGCUUCUCGCAGAGCUCGCACUUGCUCACCCACAUGAAGACGCACCGCGGCGCAGCGGGUGCGCCCGGCACCGGGACCACGGCCCCCACUGCGGCUAAGACCGAGGCACCUGCCAAAGGGCCACCCAGCACCAGCGCGGGCACUGGGACAGGGGAGCACGGUAGCACCCUGCUGGAGUUUGCGGGCGGAACGAGCUUUGGCUCCGAGCCCGCCACCGUGUUUGCGGGGCCCUCGGGCGCCUAUGAGGGGAGUGUCCUGUGAGUGCCCGAGGCUGAUGGAAGCACAGCCCGCUAGGCCACCGGCCCCGCCCCCCCAGGGCUGCUCAGGUGCCAGCCCCUUGCUCCCCUGGCCUCUCGGGGCUGAGGGUCCCAGUCCUGGCGCGGUGCCUUCCCUCAGCCCUUGGCCUCGGGCUUCCCUGUGCCCCGCUGAGAGCGGCGCCACCCAGCUUGUCGUGGGGGGCAGAGAGGAGAGCCAGGUGGAAGAGGUGAGGUAGGGGGCCGCCCGCCCUGACAAAGACUUCCACUUCCCUGGUCGAUGCUGUGACCAAGCGGUAGGGAUGUCAGGACAUGUUAUUUAUUUUAUUGGGGUUCUGACUUGGGUGGCCCACGGGACAGGUGGCCAAUGAGUCUACAACCGGGGGUCUCAGAGUGAGGGGGAAGCCCUUGUGCUGAGGGGAAGGCAGGGUGGUGGAGGGCCGAGCGUGGGCUUCUCCCGGGUUUGCUGUCGACUCCCUCCAUACCUCAGUGGAAGAGCUAGGGGUCCUCCGGUCAGCCGAGAGCCCCCCGGGAGUUCUACCCACCGUGCCCUUGGGGGAACAGGGGCAGCCCCUGGGAUCCCAAAGGACCAUGGUCGUCCCUAACCUGGGGCGGAAAUGCAGCUGAGGAAGGGUUGGCUUGGCCUCCACUGGGGACGUGUAUUUCCAUCUUUUGUGUGGUCUGAAGAAUGGGGUGGAGGGUUAAAAGCCAGAAGCUGAAUCUGCGGCCUGGGGGUCGGGUGGGGCCCAGGCACGGCAGGUCCCGAGGGAGUUUUAAGCCUUAUUCUUUGGAGUCACCCACUGUCCUCACCCUACUAGAGCACUUGGCUGGGCCCGGUGUUCACCGUGCCGGUCAUUUUAGUCUCAGCCUUUCCUUUGAGUCCGUUGGUGCUCGCCCUCACACAGGAGGUGACACACUCAGAGACCCUCGGGGCCAGGGCCCCACCCUUUGCCCCCCGGGGCUGCCAAUCUCUCCAGGAGCCAGCAGAGGGACAGGUGCCGACCUGCCCUUCGGAGCCCAGCGCCCACUUAGGUUUCAUAGCCACCCGUAAAGCGGCUGAGUUUGCUGGCGGAAUCCUUUCUCACAUUUCACAGUAGGGGCCCAGUGACAUCUGCAGGUCCCUCUAACACCGCCUCUGUCCUCCUACCCUGGAGGCAGGCAGUGGUUCCACUUAGGUGCCCACCUCACAGAGCGGGCAGCCUGCACUGUGGUGGUCCAUCUCUGGGGGCCUGGCCCCGAACCCUCGGCUCAGUGACACACCGAGCUCCCAACUAUGCAAGGCCCACACCGGCCCACACCCCACGUCCAGGGCCGGGCCAUCGAAACCGCCUGGCAGGCAGAGGCACAGCUUGUGUGAGGCCGCAGCGCCCCGCCCGCGGCAGCCCAUCCUUAACACCUCUCUGGCCCGGUGCGCGCGGCCAGCCAACAGAUUUUGAAGCGUCAGCAUUCCCUUUAGACCUAGUUCCCUCUGUUUAGUGUAGGCACCGCCUUGGGCUGAGGGCCAGCAGCUGCGCUGCUUGGGGCUGGGCGUAGGGGACCGAAGCAGGUGGGCGGGAACAGGGCCUGGCUGGGGGAGGGAGUGGGGCGGACGGUAAAGAGGGCAGGGGUCCUGGUCCCUGGUCUCCUCUCCCUGCGGGACAGGAGCCUCAGAAAGGGUCAGGAGCAAGGUGGGCUGGCCCCACAUGGCCGGGCGCCUGGCUCUGGGCCAUCUCUCCCCCACGGCCCUCAAACGCACACCUACGGUGCCCCUCCCAGGCCCAGCUGCCUCUGCCUUGCUCUGAGCUGUUGGCAGGAGGACCUGGCUUUAAUAAAGACCAGAGAAACCAGUGGUCUCCCUGGGUCGCGUGUUGUGGCCACUCCCCGCUGCCCUCAGGGAGCUCUGCGAGGCGUCAGGCCCCUCUGGGGUCUGCAGACACUGGUUUUUAGGGGGUUCUCUUAGGAAACUAGUAUUGGUCCAUGAGGGGUCGGCCCUGGGGUGAGCUUUGAGCCUGCCAUGCGUGUCUACCAAGUGUUUCCGGGAAGCCUUGCGCACCCCACACUGCCACGCACUCCGGUCACACCCUCAGCUGUACGGGGACAGCACUGUGACCAGAGGGUUGUCGGCCAGCCUUCCUGUGGCCCCCUCCCCAGUGGUCCAGAACCGUGCCUGAGUCACAGAACCCCCCUCAGAGGCCCCAGUGCCACGAGCUUCAUCCCGGCUCGCCUGCUCUGGACCAGGGCAGAGUGUGCCUCCCCGGGGCCUCCACACCUGCCUUUGAACUCGAUUAUUGACUUCUCGACACAUUGUGUCCCUCCACCCAGGCCUGACCCUCCCAUCCUCUCCCCGAUGGAUUUGAAACACAUGAACUGCAAAGUAAACACUGUUUUCAAAUGUCAUUUGGAGGCAUCAGAACAGAACCCAAUAGUCCAGAUUUUUUUUAAAAGACAGGCUUUGAGUGAAGAUGGAUGUUAAGACCUAGUGCAAGAGGAUCUAGCCUUGAGGGUCUUAGUCUACUCAGAAAAACAAAGUGAUUCCCAGCUAGAGCUUGCGGUCCUCCAGCCGGUUUUUCUUUUAAUAAUCUUGGAGGGGAAACACCUCAAUCCCGAUUUGUAGAAAAAGAGGAAGCAGCCUUCCUGGGGGUGGGGAUUUCUGGAGUCCUGAUUCAUUCCUCGAAUGUCAGUUUCAUGUCUCCCUUCGUUGCCAAGGAGGGAAGGACGCCUGCGAGAUGUGACCAAUGACGGGGGGGGGGGUAGGGGGGUGCUGGGGGAGUCAUGGGGCUCCCAGCGCCCUGCUCGCCUCCCCCUGCAUUUGUUAUUUUCCUGUUGUCUACUCACAUUCCCAACCUCCUGCCUCUCUCCUGAUCCCUUCACUUAAUCUCUCCAAACGUUUCCUCCUAACUUUUUCCUCUCUCUAAUUGGCUACAUAUGGAAUAAAGUAUUUUGAAAUUUUUGGUUAUAUUUAUUAAAUAAAGCUUUAUGAUCCUUGUUCA